AUGGGGAAGGAACUGGAAGCUGCUCUUCACAGGGAUGAUGUGGAGUUUAUCAGCGACUUGAUUGCCUGCCUUCUUCAAGGUUGCUAUCAGCGCAGAGACAUCACAUCCCAGACAUUUCACAGCUACCUGGAGGACAUCAUCAACUAUCGCUGGGAGCUGGAGGAAGGGAAACCCAACCCCCUGAGGGAGUCUACCUUCCAGGAGCUGCCCCUGCGCACCCGGGUUGAGAUCCUGCACCGCCUCUGUGACUACCGCCUUGAUGCAGAUGACGUCUUCGACCUCCUCAAGGGCUUGGACGCCGACAGCCUCCGCGUGGAGCCGCUGGGCGAGGGUAGCAGUGGGGCCCUCCUUUGGUUGGGUUCCUAGCAGCUGUUCCGAUUUCCCUGCCCUUCUCCCAUCCUGUCAGCCACAGUUCCCUUGCUCAGCAGAUAUUUCAUGGUGGUUUUGCCAUUUUGCAGGGGAUGCGGGGGGCAGACAAACACCCCAAAUGUUCCUGGGAAGACAGGCAAGAGACGAGGGCGACCCCCAAAGCGGAAAAAGCUACUGGAAGAAAAUUUGCUGAGGGAGAAGGCAGAAGAGAACUUGCUAAUCCGCGAGACUCAGCUAAGAAAUGGGUCCCAAGGGCCUGGCCGUGGGACAUGGUGGCUGCUGUGUCAGACGGAAGAGGAGUGGAGGCAGGUCACAGAGAGCUUCAGAGAGAGGACUUCCCUUAGAGAGCGGCAGCUCUACAAACUCUUGAGUGAAGACUUCCUGCCGGAGAUCUGCAACAUGAUUGCACAGAAGGUAAACCCGAAUGUGCUGAGUUCAAUGGAGAAGCAGAGGCGCAGAGAGGAAGAGGAGGAGCGCCAAAUCCUUAUAGCAGUGCAGAAGAGGGAGCAGGAACAGCUGCUGAAGGAGGAGAGGAAGAGAGAGAUGGAGGAGAAGGUCAAAGCAGUGGAAGAACGGGCCAGGAGGAGGAAGCUUCGUGAAGAGCGGGCCUGGCUGCUGGCACAGGGGAAGGAGCUCCCCCCUGAGCUUUCCCACUUGGAUCCCAGUUCCCCUACCAGGGAAGAGCGAAGGACGAAGGAUCUCUUUGAACUGGAUGAUGAGUUCACAGCCAUGUACAAAGUUCUAGAUGUGGUAAAGGCUCACAAGGACUCUUGGCCCUUCUUGGAGCCUGUUGAUGAAUCAUAUGCUCCCAACUACUACCAGAUCAUUAAGGCCCCCAUGGACAUCUCUAGCAUGGAGAAGAAGUUGAACGGAGGUCAGUACUGCACCAAGGAAGAAUUUGUGGGCGAUAUGAAGACCAUGUUCAGGAACUGUCUUAAGUACAAUGGUGAAGGCAGUGAAUAUACCAAGAUGGCUUACAACUUAGAGAGGUGUUUCCACCGAGCAAUGAUGAAGCACUUCCCUGGGGAAGAUGGAGAUACAGAUGAGGAGUUUUGGAUCAGAGAAGAUGGGAGACGAGAGAAGAGGAGCCGUCGGACCGGCCGCUCCAGCACAGGCAAUGUUUGGACUCGGUCACGAGACUCAGAUGGACCAGGCAAGAGGCAGCAACGCCUGGAAAAUGGAGGAAAGCCUCCACCAUAUCGAGCUACUUCCAGGGCUCCUGCUUCUUCUUCCUCUUCUUCUUCCUCCUUCUCCUCGUCCUCUGCAGAGGAUCCAAGUGGCAACCCAAUGCAGCCUCCUCGAGAUGUGGGCCCUUCCAAUGGGCGAGGUUUCCCUCGCUCUCUGCAGUACGGUGGCAUGCCCAACCCUGUGCCACAUCCCGGCCAGAUGAGACCAGCUGUGCCAGGAACGUUUGGUCCCCUGCGUGGAUCAGAUCCCACAAAACUGUACGGCUCGCCGCGAGUGCCUGAGCCCCAUCCCGGAGACCCAGUCCAGCAGCACCAGCACUUUGCCAUGCAGCCGGCCGUGGGACUGAGCGAGCCCCGCGGGCGCCACGGGCUGGCCGCCCCAGAGAAGCAGGCUUGUGCAGGACCGACCCAUGUCGCUGGCCUUGGCCCCCGGCCAGGUGCCCUGCAGCUGGGGCGUGUGAGCGGCCCCCCGCCUGAUGCCGUCUACCCACCGGCCCAGUUCCAGCAGGGCUUCCUCCCGCCAAGGCACAACGGGCCCCCCGUGAGGCCGCCGGAGGGCUCGGAGGUCCCCCCAGGGCACAUGUACCGGCCCUACAAGUACCUGAACCGUGCGCACCCAGCUCUAUGGAAUGGCAGCCACGGCCCCACUGGCCAGGGUACCGUGGGGCCAGAGGAGAAGGCACCCAUGGGGCCAGGGCCCUCGCUCCAGCCCCGCACCCUGAGUCACAUGAUGGACCCCCGGGCCAUGAGGCCGCCGCUGCCUCCCAGCCAGUGGACCGAUCAAUCAAAUUUCCUACCUCACGGGGUGCCUCCCUCAGGGUAUAUCAGACCGCCUGGGAAAGCCACCAGCCAGAGGAUGCCGCAGCCGCCGACCCCUCUGUUUGGGGGACCACCUCAGGUUCAAAGAGGGUGCCAGGGUGGGGACUCCAUGAUGGACAGCCCGGAGAUGAUCGCCAUGCAGCAGCUGUCCUCCCGCGUGUGCCCACCGGGUGUGCCUUACCACCCUCGCCAGCCACCCCCACCACACCUCCCUGGACCUUUUCCCCAGCUGGCUCACGCUGCCUCCGCCACUGGCGUGCAGCCUCCGAAACCCAUUGUGGGGAACGGGAGCUCGCAGGAUCCCACCGGUCAGACCAUGGAGCCAGAGAACAACCAAGUGGAGCCGCCAGCAGGUGUGGACGAGAAGGCUCAGUGCAUUGGCAUUCCCGACGGGGCCUACACCAAACUCCUACCUCAUCCUAAGCCCCCGCUGCCCAUGGAGUGCACCAGGCGCGCCUUGCCCCCGGAUGGGGAGGGGGAUGGCUCUGGCGUGAAGGGUGACCUGAAGGCAGGGCAAGGCAAGGGUGCGUGGCCAGCAGACAGCAGCUAUGCUGGUGGCCCUGGCUGUGUGAGGGACCUGGUGCCCACCUCCGAGAGAGGGGGUCCCCUGCCUGAGAAUGGGGCAGCAGGUGAGGGGCCGGUGACUGGUGCUGAGGGGAAGGGGCUAGCUGCCAACCUGCUGGAGAAGCCCCUCUGCAGCGGGGGGAAAGCUAUGUCUGAAGCGGCUGUGCCUUGUAUGGGGCAGGGCACCAGCCUUCCUGCCAUGGACACCGGCUCCAUGGGGGCUGCCCCCAACCAGUUCCACCCUCUCUACAUGCCUGGUCUAGAAUACCCGAAUUCAGCUGGGCGGUACCACAUCAACCCAGGCCUGCAGGGGUUUGGCCCCAUGAUGGGCGGGAAGCCCCCUCCUCCUGCCUCCCACCCCCAGCAUUUUUCCCCACGGGGUCCUCAGGGCUACUCAGACGGGCAGAGGCCUCUACACCCCCAGGCCAGCCCGAGCGGGCACCCCACCGCCCACCCACCCCUGGCCAGACCCCCUUUCCCGGACCGGGGGUCCACCAGCAGCUUGCAGGGCUGCGAGGCACUAAGCGCUGCCUUGGCCUCUCCCAACCGCAUGGACGUAGUGAGUGCCAAAGAGGUUUCUCCGAGCGAUGGGCAGGAUCUGGGGCCUGAAGAUGAGAAGUCUGAAGAGUCCCAGGAAAGGCCGGAGAGUCCCAAAGAGUUUCUUGAUUUGGACAACCACAACGCAGCCACGAAGAGGCAAAGCUCAGUGGCAGGAGGGGACUUCCUCUAUGGAGCUCCCCCACCACACCUGGGUGCGGGGAUGGGAUUUGGCCCGUCGGCUUUCCCUCCCCACGGGGUGAUGCUACAGACUGGCUCUCCUUAUGCAUCCCGGCAUCCUGCCAGUCAUUUCCAGCCCAGGACAUACGGAUCACCCAUGAACGCUCACCUGUCUCAUCAUCCAGCCUCUGGCCAGGCCAAUGGCGUCUCUCAGGAGGGACCCCUGUACCGCUGCCGGGAGGAGAACAUAGGUCACUUUCAGGCCUUGCUGAUGGAGCAGAGAGGCAGUGGAGGUGGCAUGGGGGGGCCACCCCAGGACUUGUAUAGACCCGCCGGAAUGCAAAUGCAUCAGGCUCAAGUUCCCUUCCCGAAGAUGCCUACAGCAACCAUGUCCCGGGAAGAUUUGACGCCACAAAAACCAUCAGCGUUGCCUCUGGAUCAAAGCUAGUCCGAGGAAGGAAGGACCUCAUGAAGACGAAAGCCACACAUGAUUUGGACAAGGGGGAGGAGGGGCAGGCCUUCCUCCCACCCUCCCCUCGCCCGAGCAGCAUGUAGCUUCCUGGGUCCGUGGAACAUGGUGCCGCAACGGCUUUUGUGUUGGAAACCUGGAGCGGUGCUGGGCCCUAGCCAGCUGAGCAGCUGUCUCGCCACCGCAGGGCGAGCAUCACAAGCUAGUGGCUUUCCGUGACCAGAGACUGCGUCUUG